AUGCCUCUCGGUGUCUCUGCUGCCCGCCCGCUGCUGCGGCAGUCCCUGCCCACCCUGCGCACCGUCGCCGCCCGCCGCCUCGAGUCGACGACCGCCUCCAAGGCCGCCGAGGGCGCGAAGGACGCCGCCGCCAAGGCCCAGCAGGUCGCCUCCGAGUACCAGGCCAAGGCCCAGCAGGGCCUGAGCCGUGUCACCUCUGCCGCCGGCCCGGCCAUCGCCGGCGCCGCCAAGGGCGUCUCCAACGCCCUGGGCAAGGUCGGCGGCCGGACGGGCAGGGUCAUUGGCUUUGUUGAGCGCCAAGUCCCCUUCGUCGUCUACUACUCCCGCGUCGGCCUCGAGCUGUCCAAGAUUGUCUUCCGUGGCCAGAGCAUGUCACCGCCUUCCAUGGCCACCUUCCAGACCUACUGGCAGAACGCCAUCAAGCGCAUCCAGAACCCCAGCAGCCUCCUGUCCCAGACCGGCGCCACCCUCCAGUCCGUCCGCAACGUCUCGAGGGCUCAACUCGUCACCGCCGGUGUUCUCGUUGCCGAGCUCCUUGGCUUCUUCACCGUUGGCGAGAUGAUCGGCCGGUUCAAGCUGAUCGGCUAUCACGGCGACAGCCACGCCGCUCACCACUAA